ACACGUUUACCAAGUCAAAAGGUAUACAAUUACAUGCAAAUCACCACAAAGAUCCAUUUAUACAAACCCGAGUUGGUCAAAAAUGCCAACUAGGUCACAUUCGGUACGUGAUUUACCUGGGAUUGACGUUGAGAGAAGUUCGGGAGGAGCAAAAUCACAUUUGGCCAAAUUUGCAUAAGAGAGGAGGGCCAAUUAAUAUUAAAACACUCAACACUUUGAAAAGGAUGGCCAUCAUCACUGCCUUCUUUCUCUGUUACGUUGACCCAAAAAUCAUCUUCUUCUUCUUCAUCUUAUUCUUCUUCCUACCACGCAACUCGUGUUCUUGAUGGAUCGGAGAUGAUCGGCCCCCUUCUUUCUUUCGAGCUCGUCCUAAAUCUAAUUAGUUGUUCGAUCCGAGUUGACUGCUCCUCCGAUCAACGAUUUCCUUGGAGUUUUUUAGUAGAGGUUGAUAAUCGUUGAAACCCUAGCGUCGAUCUUUGGCUGUGUUCUUGAUCUUCGAAUGGUAACUUGGAGCUUUGAUGAAUUCGCGGCGGUCCAGAUCGGUGAAGCUCGUUUCGUCCACAUCCCUGUCCAUAGAAGUAGAGCUGGGGGAGAACUCACCGAUGAAUCACUCCGUCGACAACACGGUCUACUGCUGCGUGGCCAAAGGGAGCAAGAUCCUCUACUCUUACAGUGGAAAAGACGCGCAGCUGGAGAGCUUGGCCAUCUUCUGCCUUGAGAAUGCGCCGGCCUUCCACCGGUGGUACUUCCACUCUGUCGGCCCCAGGACUUUAGGGUUCUUGAUGGCGGACGGCCACACUUACUUCGCCAUCAUCGAUCCCAGCGUCGGAAAUCCAGUCAUUCUUCGAUUCUUGGAGCACAUUCGGGAUGGUUUCGUGAAGGUAGUAGCAAAGAAUGGUUUGCAGGAUGAGUUAAUGAUGCCCAUCAUCCAGCGGCUAAUUGAAUCACUGGAAAACAUGCCUCCGUCGGCCUUCUCAUUGGACGAUAGCUCCGAGGGGAUCGCGGCGUCCGGCGAUGCUUCUACUUCGACCAAGGCUCCAUUGCUAGGCAAGAAUUGGAACAAGCAUCAUGAAAGAAAGAAGAUGAAGGAUCAAAAAGUAGUCCGAACCGAUGAUGGUGCGGCGGCUGGCGAUCACGGUGCCGGUGGCGGUGUGCUCAAGAUUGAGGUGGCACCAAACAUGUCUGAGCCCAGGAGCUCCAGCUCGUCGAGGCUUUCCGUGCAACAAGGAAGGAGGCUGUGGUGUCGCCGUGUCAAGAUAAUCGUAGCUGUUGAUGUGGUUAUCUGCUUGUUAUUGUUUCUCGCCUGGUUGGCAGUGUGCAAGGGUUUCAGCUGUGUCUCAUAAUGAAAAUUCUGCUGAUGUGGUUGAUUUUCUAGCACUGAAAAUCCAUGAUAUACUUGUUUACAGCGUGGGAUCUGUAUUUGCUGCUGCAAUAUGUAGUAUCUCUUUUAAAAUCAAUUUUUGUUUGUUUGUUUGUUGGU